UGCUGAUGAGAGUCAAUUACUGGAACGGAUUCCUAAGGAAUGUCUAACUUGAAGUCCUAACAAAGACCAAGAUUCCAUGAGGAAAGAUUAUAAAAUGAAAUUCUGCCUUGUCACCUAAGAAAAUGAAAAUAACAUGGAAGAAUUGUCAAUCCAUGUUGAUGGUCAAGCAAAGCUUGUAGGCCAAACAAAGAACUUUCUGACUUUCCUUUAUCUUCACACAAAGACCAAGAUUCCAUGAGGAAAGAUUAUAAAAUGAAAUUCUGCCUUGUCACCUAAGAAAAUGAAAAUAACAUGGAAGAAUUGUCAAUCCAUGUUGAUGGUCAAGCAAAGCUUGUAGGCCAAACAAAGAACUUUCUGACUUUCCUUUAUCUUCACACAAAGAUAGACCUAUAAAUCAAACACUAUGGAAGCAAUAAAAUUAGAAUUAUCUCACCCUUAAGAAAAGAAAGCAAAGGAAUUGUUUAAAUUCCAAGUUUUUGCACACUUUCACAACAUAAGGCAAGGCAAUCAACAUAUUUCACGUUUGAGAUAUCAAAGUUUGAUAGUAGAGAAAACUAAAACAACAAAUUAAACUUGAGAAGAGAGAGCUUGUGAUAGUAGGAAUGGCAACGCCAAGGAAAAGACGUGGUGGUGCAGCCGCUCCGAGUAGACCGAGCAUGGUUGGUGUCCAGCCAGUUUAUGAAGAUCUUAAACCUGCUUCGGAAUGGUCACAAGAUGAAGAUACUAGUACUCUCACCAUUCAAGUUCCAGGUUUCAUGAAGGAUCAACUCAAAGUUUCAACUGUAGACCAGAAUUUCAUCAGGGUUCGUGGAGAAUGCCUGGUUGCCGGCAACAGAUGGGGCCGUUUCCAGGAGGACUUCCAGGUCCCAGAUAACAGCGAACUAACAUCAGUUCGCACCAAGCAUGGAGGAGAAACUCUAAUUGUUACUGUCCCAAGAAAGAAUGUUGCUGGUAAAACACUUGCAACCAAAAAGGAAGAAAACAAAACCAAUCAAGCGUCCCUCAGCCCUCCCCUAAAAGCUCAAGAUCAAGUCCUUCCUCCUGAAACUACAGGCAUGGAAUCUCCCGGCGAACCCAAUCCUGAUCAACAGGGCCAGGAUAGAGUUACUCCCAUGAUUAGUACUAGCAAGCCGAUAACAGAUGACAAAAGUUUAGAACCAGCCCCCAAGGUUCGGAAAACAUCAGGUGAUCAUCCGAUUACGAAAAUAGGACAGGAAGAUGAACAAAAGAAUCAUGUAGAGAAGGAGAAAAGCCAAGAAAUGACAGAGAAACCCCCUGCACAUGAAAAUAUUGUGGAUAAGGCUGGGAAGAAGAUUGUUCAUGACAAAGGUUUGGAACUACUAAGAAUUAAGAGAACGUCAGGUGAUCAUCUGAGUAGUAGAACUGGACGACAAGAAGAAGAACAGAAGAGUUAUAUUGAGAAAAAGGGAAAAGAGAAAUAUUUUACACCAGAAAAUGCAUCAUUGAAGGAUAACAUUGGAAAAGGUAAAGAAAUAAGUCCUGAAGUUCAUGAAGAUAAUAAGAUAAUAUCCGAGAAACAAUCAAGUGCAGUUCAUGAUUCUCCUGAUCAUGAUCUUGGUGCUGUGAAAUUUGAACUCAAGAAGCAGAAGAAGAAAGCAGUCAAAAAGAAAAAAAGGAAUUGGUGAGCUGAAUAUGAGGGAGCAUUGCUUGUUAUUUUGGACUAAGUGCUUAUGUCUCCGACAAAUUUGCAUCCCAGAAUGAUAAAGAUUAGCUAGAUAUAUACUAUAUGAUGUAUAUAUACAUACGCAGAUAGGCCUAUAUAUGCAGUUCCAAGUUGAAUAAACAAAUUAAUUGUGUGAAAUGAAAAGCAACAAGUUAUCUCUCUCUCUAUUAA